AUGGCUCUGCUUUCUGCCCUACCUCUUGAGUUGGGCAUAUUGCCCCUGGGGAGUCUUCUUGUGACGGGUGUCUUAAUCUCAUUCGCUUUGGUGGUGGUAUACCGCCUCACCCUUCACCCACUUGCCUCCUUUCCAGGACCAAAGCUCGCGGCGGCGACAGGUUUAUAUGAGACUUAUUAUGAAGUUUUCAAGGAUGGAGGUGGUAGAUACUGGGUAGAGAUUGAAGAGAUGCACCGAAAAUAUGGACCCAUCGUCAGGAUCAACCCAUGGGAAGUUCAUAUCAAUGAUUCGGAAUGGAACGGUGUAUACAAGUACUCGUCCAAGGCAGCCAAGCCAAGGUGGUAUUACCUUCGCUUCUUUGGAAUGUUCCCAAGCACCAACUCGGCCGAAUCACACGCUCUGCACCAGCAGAGACGGGCACCGCUUAAUGCCUAUUUUGCAUCAACAAACAUUCAGAACUUCCAGUCGCAAGCACAAGGUCAAAUCGAGAAGCUAUGCGACCGGCUCCGGGCUGCUGAUGGCCACGUCGUGAGCCUCUCGGACGCCUUCCGCUGCCUUGCUACGGAUAUUGCCACGGGCUUCUGCUUCGGCAAACCCUUUGGCCACCUGGACGAGCCCACCUUUGAUCAUGAGUUUAACCAAACCGUCCGGACUGUUGUCCGAGCCAGCAUGUGGAGCCGUCACAGUUUCGGUCUAUUCAUCCCACUCAUGCACAGUAUUCCCGAGAGUUUCUCGAUCAAGAUGAACCCUUCGUUCCGCCGCGUCAAGUGGAUGAAAGAGAUGAUGGCUGGCUGUGUCCACCGCUCAAUGCACAAGCCCGAGCCUGCGCCUGGUCAACAAGCAGACAUGGUCCAGACCGUACUUCAGUCUCCGCUUCCACCAGAGGAAAAGACAUUUCUACGUCUUCUCUCCGAGACCCGCAGCGUCAUCAUGGCGGGCACCGAGACCACAGCCAGUGUGCUCGUCUGCAUCACGGCUAGCCUUCUCAAGGAUCCAAGCAUGGUUGCGCGGCUAAAGUAUGAGCUCUUCGAUGCAGAGAUCACUUACGGCGGCCCUGUGCCAUACAAUAGGCUCAAGGAAUUGCCAUUACUGACCGGCGUGGUAAAUGAGGGCUUGAGGCUCGCCAACUCGACGCCGUCACGUCUGCCCCGCGUGUGCGAGAGUCAGGAUUUAAAGUAUGGACAAUGGAUCAUCCCCAAGGGCACCAGCAUCUCCACAACCUGCCAAGACGUUCACAAUGACCCCAAGAUCUUUGAGCAACCCUACAGCUUUAUGCCCGAGCGCUGGGACACGCCCGAGAAGCGGCGCGCGCUCAACAAGUACCUGAUGCCUUGGGGCCGCGGCACCCGGCUGUGUCUGGGCAUGGAGCUUGCCACCAUGGACCUGUUUUGCACCGUGGCGCGCAUCUUCAGCCCCAGCAUCGGGUUCGACAUGACCAUGUCCAACACCACCGAUGAGGACUGGAAGGCGUAUCACGAGUGGUUCGCCUGCUUCCCCAAGGGCAAGGGCCUUGAUGUUGUCAUUUCGCGGCCCGAAAAGGUCUAA